CAAAAUUGUAAAUACCAAAUAAGAAAUAUUGUUCCUAAGACUACAUAAUAUAAUAUUGUUACAUACCAUAAUAAUCUUCAAACGUCAUAAAUACUUAUAAAUAAGAACAGCUGGUUUAUACGAAGUUAGUCGGAGUCAAUUCUGAAUCAUGAGUGCAGUUGAUAAGGUCGUUAUAGUGACAGGAGGUUCUAAUGGCAUAGGAGCAGAAAUUGUAGGACAGUUCCUACAAGGAGGCGCUAAAUAUGUUGCUAUUUUGGAUAUUAGUGAAGAUGCAGGGAGAUCGUUAGAAAACAAAUUGAAUAAGAAACAUGGUGAUAAAAGGGCUAAAUUUAUUAAAUGUGAUGUUACAAAUGAUGAUGAAUUGAAAGCUGCGUUUGAUGAAGUAAUUGCAGAUAAUGGUUACUUUGAUGUAGUUGUAAAUAAUGCCGGUAUUGCUGAUGAAACUAAGUAUAAAAAGGCUAUAGAAAUAAACUUGACUGCUCUGGUUACAUCUACUUUAAAAUCCAUUGAAUUGAUGAGGAAAGACAAAGGAGGGAGAGGAGGAACGAUCAUAAACAUUUCUUCCAUCGGUGCCUUGAGUUUAACAUGCCCAACAGUGUUCAUAUACUGUUCUACGAAGGCAGCAGUUCUUCAGUUCACCACUGCUAUGGGGAUGAAGCCAUAUUACGACAAGACAAAUGUUCGUAUGAUAACUGUUUGCUUUGGAGUUACUAACACUGAUAUUUUAGGUUCUUUACAAAGUUUUGAUCCCAUUGUCUCAGAGAGUUUGCCUCAAUUAGUUCAAUCAUAUGGUAUUCAAACACCAGAAGAGGCAGGAAAAGGUGUUGUAGAAGUAUACGAGAAGGGUGAAUCUGCUAGUGUUUGGUUAAUAGAAUCAUCUGAACCACCGAGAAAUAUUACGGAAAACAUUCAAACCGCAUAUAAGACGAUGUUGGCGAAAUAAACAUUUUCAGAAUAUGACGUCAUCGUUGCAUCUUAUAGCAGGAAGAACAUUUAUAUUACAAGCUGUGGGCAAGGGGCAUUUGGAGACGUGCUUAUAAACAUUAUUAUAAUAAAUGUUAUUGAAUUGAA